UUGGUUGAGCCCCUGUCUACAGCCAGGAGCCAAUGGCCAGGAAUGGGGCCAAACCCUGUGAGCUGGACCAGGAGAAAUAUGAUGCUGAUGACAAUGUGAAGAUCAUCUGCCUGGGGGACAGUGCUGUGGGCAAGUCCAAAUAUUCAGUUGAUCCAGCAUCAUUUGGCUAUCCUUGGAUAUAAAAGGCUAUCCUUCCUCCAUUGAACUGCUUUUGCACCUAUGUUAAAAAAUAAAUUGGCUGAAGUUCUGUGGAACCAUGUCUGGGUUCUUUCUUUGUUCCAUUGAUCUGUGUGUCUACCCUCUGCCAGAACCACACAAUUUUGACUACUUCAACUAUAUAGUGCUGGGGAACGAACAGUCUCCUAAACAUCCAUAAACUGCUUUAGGAUAUUGCAUUCCAGUUGAAAGAGAGACAGUCAAUAAGUAAAAUGUGGAAUAUUCCAAGUGUUGUUGCCUGCAGAACAAGAUGAGACAGAACUUGCCCAUUAUAAACAAGAUCAUCAGGGAAGGUCUCAUUGCUCAGACUCAUGGAGAGAUUUCUCAUGGAUGGAUUUCAGCCACAGCAACUGUCCACAUAUGCCCUGACGCUGUACAAGCACACGGCCACGGUGGAUGGCAGGACUGUCCUUGUGGAGACCUGCCCAGAGGCCCUCAGGGCACCUGGGUCUCUCUGCCCUCCAGCACCCAUCAGUGAGUCAGAGCUACAUUAAUAUUGCAGACUUCUGGGACACGGCAGGCCAGGAGCGGUUCCAGAGCAUGCACGCCUCCUACUACCACAAGGCCCACGCCUGCAUCAUGGUGUUCGACGUGCGGAGGAAAGUCACCUACAAGAAUCUGAGCACCUGGUACACGGAACUUCGGGAGUUCAGGCCUAAGAUCCCUUGCAUCGUGGUGGCCAAUAAAAUCGAUGCAGACAUAAAGGUGACCCAAAAAAGCUUCAAUUUUGCCAGGAAGUUCUCCCUGCCUCUCUACUUUGUCUCAGCUGCUGAUGGUACCAACGUCGUGAAGCUCUUCAAUGAUGCAAUUCGGUUAGCUGUGUCUUACAAACAGAACUCCAGGGACUUCAUGGAUGAAGUUUUGCAGGAGCUUGAGAACUUUGAGCUGGAGCAGAAGGAGGAGGACGUGCCAGGUCAAGAGCAACAUGACAACACCGGGAGCCCAUCUCCUUCCUGAGCCAGAAGGAAGCCUCUCCGAGCCGACCUGUCAGGUGGAGGGAGGGCUUCCAGAAUGCACCUCCCUCCCUGGGGCUCCCCUCCACUUCUGAGCUGAGAAGCUCUCCCAGGCCGUCCUUUGUUCUGCUUCCUACAAACCCACCCACCCAUCCCCCUUGCCUCUCCCUCUAAGGGCCAUGAUACCUGAUCCUUCCACAGUUGUCCCCUCCCUGUACUCACCAGCAGGCACCCUCAAUAGCUGUAAGGGGUCCACACCUGGCCCCUGAAGCAGAAUUGGGGGUUGGUAUCAUAGCCCUCCCCUCAGGUUAUGUGAGACAGUGAGGAGAAUCAGGGAACCUGAUUUGUGUGUCUCUUAAAUAUAAGGAAAUUUAGGUGUGUUUUUUUUCCUCCCAGAAUGAACCUCAGGGCCUACUUCUUGCAUUUCCACCAAGGGACUGAUUUCCAAUCCCUGACUACCCCUAUUGCCUUCCCUGCAAAAUUUGGGAGGCCUCCAUCCUUUUUCUUCUCUCCCAAACAACUUCUUUAAAAAAAUGGUUUUGUGCAGACAGCUAUUCAUUCCACUGGUUUUCCAGGAGCGCUUCUAGGUACUGCCAGCAUGUUGGGGAGCAGUGAGGCUGAGACCUAGGGCUGCCAUUAAAUCCAAUGAAAGCAGAUGACAGGUCUAGCCAUGCUUAGUAAUACACAAGUGUCACUGUUGGUAAACAUCAAUGGGCUGUGUCACAGGGCACACCGUUUGGAUUCUAAGAAAUUAAGAAGAGCCUCUAAAACCCCCAUUUCAGCACAUGAGCCCUCCCUUCAUUUUUUGGAGGGUGAGUGUGGACACUGCCUUCUCCAGUGGCGAGGCCCAGCUGUCUUGUCCACUCCCAAAUCCAGUACUUGUGCUUCACUAGCAUGAUUUCAUGAUUGUCCUCUGCAGCAUUUCCAUUGUUUUAUUUAUUGUUUCUAUUUUACAGUAAAGUUUAAACUACAUAAA